ACCCAAUGAGUAAUUGCCAACAAGCGUUCAUGUAUCUAGACCCCACUUACGGUGAGUUCAUGAAUGCAUUGAAGGAUAAAGCAGACCAAAGAAGUUCUGAUUUUGAUGAAAAUGAGAAGAGUGGGUUCGAUCCAACUGCUACAGCCUCUUUUUCCUUUUAUUUGUACAAGGAUAGUGACGAUGGAAAUGUGGAGAGAGACGUAAAUCAUAAUGGAAAAGUUGUGAAGUGCGGGGUCCACCUCUUAUAUACCUACGAGACAAAGAGAUUUAAAUCCAAUCAAGAGGAAGAGAAGCCAUUUAUUUUGAAUCCAAUCAUGAAGAAGGCGAGGAACCACUCCCUAAGAGAAUUAGGGUAUAAAAAAAAAUUCACGUUUGCCCUGUCAUAUGCAAGAUCAUGUUAUUGAAGUGGCGUUAAAAAUUGUUGUUGCUGAUCAUCCCUCUGCGUGUGUUGAUUGGGCUUAAUUGGGCUCCUCUGAGUGUUGUGGGCUUGUUGGCUACAGUUGAUGUAAGGUAGAAUGCCGUAAUAAAUAGUAUAUUUAAAACUAUUUAAAAUAAA